UUGGAUAUGUGCACAAAGGAUGAUGAAAACCCCUUUCCUCAUCGUAGAAGUAAAAUAAAAUAGGCUUUCGCGCACACUGGAUUUACCUCUUGCCAUUCCAUAUGAAGAAGUCAAAACAUUUCCUGCUGGGCGACAUGUGUUGGGCAAAGUUAAACCUUUACUACUUGGAGGAGAGCUUGAAGGAUUUAUCUGAAAAGUUUGGAAACAUUUCAUCUAAUAAUCUCAACAUACAAAUACUCAUCCAAUUCAUUGAAGAGAAGCGGAUAGGAAUCAGUAAUAUGGAUACACAAAUGUUAGAGUUUGAGUGCCACUACAGAGAUGAUAAGUGGGAAACAGGGAAAUACUUUAACUUUGUCGAGGAGGUGUGUAAUACUGCAGACAGAGAAAGACUUGAAGAGGAAUGUGAUCCACCUCCCUGUCCCACCACACCGAUACCAACAGAAGAAUCCUCUUCAGCUCAGUAUACGUCAGGCCAAGACACGUCACACAGUAUCGCUACUAAAGAAAUAGCGCGCUCAUCAGCUUCGUUGCCAAGUCCCCUUCGCCAGGUGGUGGAGAAAAGCCUUUUCUCCUUACUGUUUAUCCCACUGCUGGCCCUAAUCUUCCUGCUUGUGUGGAAGGUCAGGUCAAGAAGGAACGUAGAGCAUCCUCGAUCAAAUCGUGGAGAAGAAGAAGGCUUCACAGAACCAGAUCCGAUGGCACCUCAGCCGGACAGUGAAACGUCAGAAAAAAAUGCGCUGAACAUCCCCACAGAAGUGUAAAGYUCUGCAAGUUCGAGUGCACCAGCAUAUUUGGGCUGUGCUCUUCUCUCUCUCUCUCUUUUUCAUCUGUUGGUGUUCAAAGGUGAAAGACAAAC